AUGAUCGAGUUGGUUUCGGGGAACAUAGCUCUCUGGAAGAGCUCAAAAAGAAUGGUACCAAGCAUUUAUAUGACGUAUAUGUUGGGGUGUCCCGAGAGACAGAAUGCAAUCUUAACGUUAAAGUCGAAGCCGCUCAAUAUCAUCGUCAAGGAAUACGCCGAGGAAUACGAUCGAUUAGACCUCACCUUUGAUCGCUACACGAGCGAAAGCGGGCCAGCAGGGAAUGACGAGACAAGCAGCACACCUCGACCAGCUGGGAUUGAUUACUGGCGUGAACGGCGUCAGAUGAUAUGCGGCGUCGCUUCGCGGCAGGAUCUUCAUCUUGCCCAGUUCUUCGAAAUCUUAGAUCUGAUGGGUUUUCCCGUGGGUCAAUCGACCCGAGCACCUGAAUUACGGAUUGUCGUCGGGUAUGAGUACCAAGGAAGGAUCAUCAAAGAGACGUCAUCUGUCAUGCACGAGCAAAUGAAGCGGAACGAAGAAACGCGCAACGCCUUCGAGGAUCCUGAGACAGUCGGCCAAUAA